AUGGGACAUGGGCACACAGCAAGGGGACAUGGCCACACAGAGUUUGGACAUGGCCACACAGAGAUGGGACAUGGCCACACAGAGAUGGGACAUGGCCACACAGAUAGGACAUGGGACAUGGGCACACAGAGAUGGGACAUGGCCACACAGAGAUGGGACAUGGCCACACAGAGAUGGGACAUGGCCACACAACAACGGGACAUGGCCACACAGAAGGAAGUAGCUGCAAGUACUAAAUAUCCAAGCCACGAAGGAUGUGAACCUCCCGAGGUGGCAGCAAAUAUUCCUGAGCCUAAACGAGCAAUGGAAGCAGUUGGUACCAAAGCCAUGGGAUAG